CUUAGUGAAACGGAGAGUUCUAGCUGUCGGUCUUAGGAACUUAGAGCGAGGAAUUUCUAUUCUUUUAUUUUGCUAUAGUAUUAGAAGAUUAUUUAGAGUUAACUGAUCAUGGGUAUGGGUUGUCCAUUUCAUUGUUCUGGAGAUCGUGCAACAUCGACUCUACCAACUUCAAGCAAAUGUCCUGUAAAAGAAAGUAAACAAGAAAAAGUUAAUGAAAAAUCUCAAAAGUUGGGUCUUUUUGAAGAACAUCAGGAUGAAAACGGAGAUGGAGAACAAUUGAGCUUGAAAGCUUUAGCCACAGCUGUUAGAGUUCUCACUUCUCCUCCGGCCAAUCUUCUAUGGAUUAGUUUAAAAGAGAUACUACUUUCAAAGGAUCCAGCCUUGUGGGCAGCAGUCAAGCACAAUAUAAAAAACAAACAGAACCCUUCAGAAGAAAUCGCUUCAGUAGAAGAUUUGACUUCGGGAGAAGAAAACGAAAUUGUUCAAGAAAUAUUUCUCGAUUCACUCGGUUUCGCCGCUCCAAGAUACGGAUCUUCUCAAGAUAAACUGCUUGAAAAGAUAGGACAUUGUGUAGCCAAUACUUGUCUCCUAUGGUUUCGAAAGUCGUUAAAAUUCCUUGGCAACACUGUUGAAGAUAUGUGGUUAAGUGUUGAAAAUGUUCGAGUGGCCUCUUCUGAAGCAGAUACUUCCUUAAGAGUUGAAGCGAUACCUGAUGGACCCUUACAAAUCUUACACCAUCCCCAAAAGAAAUUUCUUGCUCCCGCGAUGAUUGGUAUAAUACGAGAAACAGCAAAAAACUUACAACAAGUGGAAGUACUCGUCAACUUAACAUCCGUCGGAGAAGACUUUUUAUACCAAGUUACAACAGUUUCGAGCUCUAAAAUGAAAGAUUCUGACACUGAUAGAUAUAUUGAAAAACUUUCCAGAUCACCUGAAGACCUAGGUAUUUCCAUAUCUAUAAUGUGCAAAGUGUUUCCUUUUCACAUUAUAUUAGAUCGCGACAUGCAUAUCGUCCAAUUGGGUAAAGGUCUUCUAAGAAUUUUUAAAGGAAAACUAAGUGAAGGUGAACGUCAUUUUUCUUCCUUCUUCGUCAUUAAUUCUCCAAAAGUGGCAGUGACAUUCGAAGAUAUAUCUCAGCUUUCGAAUGUUCCAUUUGUUCUCAUUGUCAAAGCAGCGCAAGGUGGAUCUCAGAGUUUGCAGGGAAUGAAUAUAAAGGGCCAGAUGGUGUUAUGUCCGGAAUCCAAUUCUUUACUUUUCUUAGGUUCACCUGUUGUCAAGGGAUUGUCGGGACUAGUGGGAAAAGGACUUUAUAUUUCUGACAUCCCAGUGCAUGAUGCCACUCGAGACAUAAUGCUAGUAGAAGAACAAACUAAAGCGCAAGAUGGAUUGAAAAAGAGAAUGGAUAAGCUUAAGAAUUCAAUUCAAGAAGCAAGUCAAGCAGUAGAAGAAGAACGACAGAAGAAUGUAGAUUUGCUCCAUCUGAUAUUUCCCGCUGAAGUUGCCCGGAAACUUUGGAGAGGUGAAUCAGUAAAAGCCGAACAAAGAGAAAAUGUGACAAUGCUUUUUUCUGACAUUGUUGGUUUUACGUCUAUAUGCUCUACUGCCACACCACUAAUGGUUAUCGAUCUACUAAACAAUCUUUAUACUCGUUUUGAUAACUUUUGUGGGGAGCUUGAUGUUUACAAGACUGAAACAAUAGGUGAUGCUUAUUGUGUAGCUGGUGGUCUUCAUCGUCAAAGUACUACGCAUGCGCAGCAAACUGCGUGGAUGGCAUUGAAAAUGAUUGAAGCAGCAGGACAAGUAAACACGCCACAUGGACAGCCAGUUCAGAUGCGUAUUGGUCUUCACACUGGAGUCAUUUUAGCUGGAGUUGUAGGCACAAAAAUGCCAAGAUACUGCCUGUUCGGAAACCACGUAACUCUCGCAAAUAAAUUUGAAUCUGGCAGUAUAGCUAUGCGAAUCAACGUUAGUCCAACAACAUACGAGCUUCUUGAAUCCACCCCAACUUUUCUUUUUACUCCAAGAAAGUUAGAAGAUCUUCCCAAAGGUUUCCCAGAGGAUAUUAAAGGAAUACCAUACUUUCUUAAUAAUUACGUUCAUCCAGAAGUUCCUCUCGAUAAACCACUUUCGGAACAUAUUGCCACUGCAAUGAAAGAACUGGAUGUUAUGCAGACCAAAUGCACAAAGUCUUCACCAUGAUUUAUUUAUCUGUGAACAAUAAAGUGAGGCCCUACAUUCACAA